AUCGUGUCCCCCCGAGACCCCCAAAGCCCCGCCGAGCCCCCCCUCGUGUCCCCCAGCGCUCCUGACAUUGCCCCACCACGGCGAUAUCCCUGUCCUCCUCCACCACCACCGCAAAUAUCCCCCCCAGCACCCUCCCGCCUCCCGGGGACCCCCGUCAUCCCUCCCGGGACCCACAGCCUGCCCCUUGGAACCCCCAUCAGCGCACCUUGGAACCCUCAUCAACCCCCGUGAGGACCCCCAUCAUCUCCCGUCGGGACUCCCAUCAUCCUUCCUCCCGUCCCCCAUUCCCCCCGCUCGGUACCCGCAGUUUUCCUCCUCAGGACCCCCAUCACCUUCCCGGGGACCCCCACGCUUCGAGAAGAGACCCCAGACCCAGCUUAGGACGCCCCCCGUCCCCCAGUCCCUCGGGUCCCCCGUGUCCCCCCCGGCUCUCCCGGUGUCCCCGCUGCCCCGGUGUCACUCCUGCGAUGAAGCGCCCGCUCUCAGCCGGCUCAGUUCGUGCAGCGCCCACGCCUGGGAGGCUGAGGAGGGGGUCCCCCCUCACCGCUCCCCUUCCCCCUUCGCAGGCCGCCCCCCUUUUCCACCUCCUUCUGCCGGGGGGCCCCGGCGGAGCCCCCCGAGCCCCGCCGGGCGGGACGGCGGCUCUGGGCGCGCUGCUGCGCUGCUUCCCCUGCGAGCGGCUGUGCGGGGGCUGCGCGGUGCCCCCCGGGGCGCUGCCCCCGGCCAUGCCGCCCCCGGCCCGCCGCCGCCUGCCGCCCGCCGCCCGCCUGCCGCCGCGCACCUUCCGCAGCUACCUGCCGCGCUCGCACCGCACCUACAGCUGCGUCCACUGCCGGGCGCACCUGGCCCGCCACGAGGAGCUCAUCUCCAAGUCCUUCCAGGGCAGCCACGGCCGUGCCUACCUGUUCAACUCCGUGGUGAACGUGGGCUGCGGCCCGGCCGAGCAGCGCCUGCUGCUGACGGGGCUGCACUCGGUGGCCGACAUCUUCUGCCAGAGCUGCAAGACCACCCUGGGCUGGAAAUACGAACAGGCGUUCGAGAGCAGCCAGAAGUACAAGGAGGGGAAGUUCAUCAUCGAGAUGUCGCACAUGGUGAAGGAGAACGGCUGGGACUGACGCGGGGGCGCAGCUGGGACUGGGGGGCACCGGGGGGCGCGCUGGGUGACCCCCCCCCUUGGCGCCUUCGCUGUGCCCCCCCGUGCCCCCUGGGUGGCACCAGCCGCGGGGGUUGCGGGGCUUUUCUAGGGCAAUAAAGGCUUUUUUUUUUUUUA